GCUCGCAGCUCCUGAUGACAUCAUCCAGCAGUCGGUUCCUCCAGCACACAGCUUCAUUUUCUGCUCAGCUUUUGUGUUCAAAUGGAGUCUGCUCUGGCGGUGUAGGAGCUUCUGUGUUUUAUCUGCGGCGUGCGCUGACAUGCAGCUCGUCUGAGGCAGGAUGGUGGUAGACGCUCCUAAUCCCAACGGGCCGUUCCCGCCGGUGGCUCUCAUGCACUUCAGAGAUGUGGCUCCGGCCGAGCAGGAGAAGCUCUUCAUCCAGAAGCUGCGUCAGUGCUGCGUUCUGUUCGACUUCCUGUGUGAUCCGCUCAGUGACCUGAAAUGGAAGGAGGUGAAGCGGGCGGCGCUGAGCGAGAUGGUGGAGUACAUCAACCACAACCGCAGUGUGAUCACGGAGCCCAUCUACCCAGAGGUGGUGCACAUGUUUGCGGUGAACAUGUUCAGGGCUCUUCCGCCCUCAUCGAACCCCACGGGAGCAGAGUUUGACCCGGAGGAGGAUGAACCGACUCUGGAAGCAGCGUGGCCUCAUCUACAGCUGGUGUACGAGUUUUUCCUGCGGUUUCUAGAGUCGCCUGACUUUCAGCCGAAUAUCGCAAAGAAAUACAUUGACCAGAAGUUUGUGAUGCAGCUUCUGGAGCUGUUCGACAGUGAAGAUCCACGAGAGAGAGAUUUCCUGAAAACCACCCUGCACCGAAUAUACGGGAAGUUUCUCGGGCUGCGCGCGUACAUUAGAAAGCAAAUUAAUAACAUAUUUUACAGGUUUAUUUACGAGACGGAGCAUCACAACGGAAUCGCAGAGUUACUGGAGAUCCUGGGCAGCAUCAUCAAUGGCUUUGCUUUACCAUUAAAAGAGGAGCACAAGAUCUUCCUGCUGAAGGUGUUACUGCCGCUGCACAAAGUGAAGUCUCUGAGCGUCUAUCACCCGCAGCUGGCCUACUGUGUGGUUCAGUUCCUGGAGAAGGACAGCACGCUCACUGAACCGGUGGUCAUGGCUCUCCUCAAAUACUGGCCCAAGACUCACAGUCCGAAGGAGGUGAUGUUCCUCAACGAGCUGGAGGAGAUCCUGGACGUGAUCGAGCCGUCCGAGUUCGUGAAGGUCAUGGAGCCGCUCUUCCGUCAGCUGGCCAAGUGUGUGUCCAGUCCUCACUUCCAGGUGGCCGAGAGAGCGCUUUAUUACUGGAAUAACGAGUACAUCAUGAGUCUCAUCAGUGACAACGCAGCCAAGAUCUUACCCAUCAUGUUCCCGGCGCUUUACCGUAACUCCAAGAGCCACUGGAACAAGACCAUUCACGGCUUGAUCUAUAACGCACUCAAGCUCUUCAUGGAGAUGAACCAGAAGCUGUUUGACGACUGCACACAACAGUUCAGAGCCGAGAAGAACAAAGAGAAGGCCAAGCUGAAGGAGAGAGAGGAGGCCUGGAUGAAGAUCGAGAAUCUGGCCAGAUCUAACCCACAGUUCACUUUGUGUGUUGAUCCGUCUGCACUAAACAGUCCUGUAGAAAUGGAGACUGAUGGUCCCUUUAUAGAAGAUGUUCAGAUGUUAAAAAAGACAGUGCAGGCCAGAGCCAUUCAGGUGGCGAGGGAGCAGAGGAAGGAGCGGCCACUCGUCAGACGUAAAUCAGAUCUUCCUCAGGACUCCUUCACCACCAAAGCUCUGGAGACGCACCGGCGCGCUGAAGACAUGCUAACUAGCCACGACGGCCGCUAGCUGACGCCGCUCACGCUCAGGGAGGAUCCAGCUCUUCUGGACUCUUCUGUGGCUGGUUCCUCUCCAUCGGUCCGGCCGAGAACACACUCUCCAGCGCCAGCGCAGAGCUUUCUUUGCGUUCAGAUCUGUGUUUGUUUUCAGGGACGGUUGCCAGUGCCAAGACUGUGAUGUUGAUUAGCUUCCAGAGUUUUAUUUGUGUGUUAACUGCUUCAGCUAAAGCACGUCUGUCACGUGUUCUCUCUGUGUGUCGCUCAGAUCAGACUCUAGUUAGUUCACUUCUGUGCCAUGAUGAACUCUAACCGUUUAGUUGAACGUUGUUUCUCUGGCAGAAUCUGCCGCUCAUUGUGCUGUUUCUCUGGUUCAAACAAUGGUACGGUUUCUCCAUCAGAUCCUGAAACAUUCCCGGAUCAGUUGUUACAGCAGAGCUCUGGGAUCCGUCGGGAAGCUCUUCUGAUCUCCAGACUGUGACUCAAACACGUCCAGAAGGAUCUCAGUGCCUUCAGCGUCUGUGUCUCCGCCGAGAGCCUUCGGUCCAAACACAGCGGUGUGACGCCGACGCUCCGAUUGUUCCUCUACAUCCGGAUCUUUCCUCUUUACUGAACUACCUAGAAGCACUUCCUGAAAACUUGAAAACUCUACAGUGUGUGUGUGUGUGUGAGAGAGAGAGAGUGUGUGUGUGUGUGAGUGUGUCUGUGUGAGUGUGUCUGUGUGAGUGUGAGUGUGUGUGUGUGUGUGUGUGUGUCUGUAU